CUUAUUUUAGAGCAGCAGCAGCGUCACAUGUUGUUUUUCUCCAGGAUCACAUCGCUCCGUGCUCGAGUCCCUGCGCGCUCCGGCUCCACUGUGGCGCACACGCUCAUUAUUAUGGAUUAGAAUAAACCGGGUCCGUUAGAAAGUUUAUUUUCUUUUGCUUAUCCAAGAGGGAAAAGGGGGGAUUUCUGCUUCUCUGCAACUUGAGAGGAGACGAGGAGACAUGACGAGUCCUCCGGUACCGGGAGGACACCUGUUAUCUAAUGGGACGACCGGCGUGAAGAAGUGCGGAUACCUGAGGAAGCAGAAACACGGACACCGGCGCUUCUUCGUGCUCCGAGAGGCCACCGAGCACUUCCCCGCGCGCCUGGAGUAUUAUGAGAGCGAGAAGAAAUGGAGGAACAAGUCCGCAGCCAAGCGGGUGAUAACUUUGGACUCGUGUCUGUGCGUAAACAAACGAGCUGACGCCAAACACAAGCACCUCAUCGCCCUCUACACCAAGGACGAGUACUUCUCUGUGGCUGCGGACAACGAGCAGGAGCAGGACAGCUGGUUCACGGUUCUGACUGAUUUAAUAGCAGAAGGGAAAGUUUAUGACACCCCAGCAUCCACCUCCUCCUUGGUGGGCUUUGAGGAGACCAGCUAUGGCCUCAUCACUCCUGCAGCAGCUGCCUACAAGGAGGUAUGGCAGGUCAACUUGAAAUCCAAAGGCUUGGGUCAGAUCAAGAACCUCACUGGGGUGUACAGGCUGUGUUUGUCCAGCCGCACCAUCAGCUUUGUGAAACUGAACUCUGAAACUGCUGCGGUGAGUUUACAGCUCAUGAACAUCCGGAGAUGUGGCCACUCGGACAGCUUCUUCUUCAUAGAGGUGGGCCGGUCAGCGGUGACCGGGCCCGGGGAGUUCUGGAUGCAGGCGGAGGAUUCAGUGGUGGCGCAGAACAUCCAUGAGACCAUCUUGGAGGCCAUGAAGGCCAUGAAGGAGCUGUCAGAGUUCAGACCGCGCAGCAAAAGCCAGUCUGCCAGCACUAACCCCAUCUCUGUGCCCACACGACGCAACCUCAACAACCUCCCCCCUAGUCAGACGGGCCUGGUGAGGAGAUCCAGGACUGAUAGCAUGGCAGCCACGUCCCCAGGGAGAAAGUUCACAUCCUGUCGGAUAAGAACGGCCAGCGAGGGAGAUGGAAGCGUGACCCGGCCUGUGUCCAUGUCCAUAUCUGUGAAUGGGAGCCCCACCAGUCCAAACUCUGGAAAUCUCAGCCGCUCUCACACCCUCAGUGCUCACUGCAAAAUGCUCGAGUCAGUCUCCAACCUGCAUCACAGCCGGUCCAUGCCAGGGUCCAAUUCCCCUCCAUCUGCCUCCAGCCCCAUCAGCAUGUCUCCCAGAGGGGGGGGGAGCAUCUCCACUCCUGACAAAGCCAGGCGGCCGUUCAGCUGCAGCGCCUCCAUCUCUGGCUCCCUCAGUGACACUGGCUUCUUGCUCUGUGAUGAUUACAGCUCCAGCCCAGGUGAACCCAAAUUCCUCCCCCUGACCCGCAGCGACACGCCAGACUCCCUUUCCAGCACGCCUCCCUCCCGUGACAUCAGUGACCUUUGUGGCUACAUGAUGAUGGAGGGUACGAAUGGCAGCCGGCCUGGCGCUGGUCUUGAUGGCCAGGCGUUCGACAAGGCUUACAGGAAGCGGACGCACUCCCUCACCACGCCACGACAACAGCGGGUGGUAGCGCCACUGUCCUCAGCUUCCCUGGAUGAGUACACGCUCAUGAGGUUGGCCCACGGACAAAACUGUCACUCCGCCUCACCUAAAGUGUGCUACCCCGAGGAUUAUGGAGACAUUCAAAUCGGUUCGUCCAGGAGCUCAAGUAGUAACCUUGGCGAUGAUGGCUAUAUGCCAAUGACGCCAGGUGUCGCACCUCCGUCUGGAAAGGUAGACAACUACGUGCCCAUGAGCCCCAUGUGUGUCUCAGCACCAAAGCAGAUUGUGAACCCCAGGGUUCAUCCUCAGGCGGCUGCCAGCAGUGGCUACAAAACCAACUCCCCCUCUAGCAGCUCUCUAGAGGACAACGGCUACAUGAGAAUGUGGUGCAGCUCCAAAUCCUCCAUGGAGAGCCCAGACAGGCAUGGUGAAUACAUGAACAUGUCACCUGGAAACCCACCUCCACUCCAGACACCCCCUGACUACUUGGGCCUGCUCUCUGGUGAACCUGCGUCAGUGAGGUCAAAUAACCAGGCCAGCUUCCACACGCUGCCGGCUAAACUCCAGGCCUCUAAGACUGAAGACAGCAGCCAGUAUGUGUUGAUGAGCCCGCAGAGUGUGAGGCAGCGGGCCACAGAGUCUGACUAUUACUCAGUGAUGCAGCCCAGCGCGAGCCCCUCAGUGCUCUCUCCUGUCAGACACGGCCGGGCAGAGAGCCUUCAAUACAGAGGGAGGCUGGGACGGCCCAACAGGUUAUCCCUCGACACCCUGAAGACCCUUCCCAGCAUGAAUGAACACCCCCUGCCCGGAGAGCCUCGGAGUCCUGGGGAGUACAUUAACAUAGACUUCAGCUGCACCAGAUUCUCCCCCCCCUCCACCCUAUCCACAGAGAGCCAGUCGUCGUCUCUGGGCUCCAGCGGUGGGGGCCUGGGGAGGUCGUCCCUGACAGACUACAUGAACCUGGAGCUGGGCUCACACUCACGCCGGGAUGCUGACACUCCUGCUGAGCACCUAGACGCACUCCCUGUGUUGUCAAUGUGCUCAGGGGAGGAGGGAGUGUUCCACCUGGGUUGUGAGAAAGGGUCUCAGGGCCUCGACAGUGAGGUGAAAAACGACUACACGGAGAUGACAUUUGGGAUGACCAGCUCACCCCCACAGCUUGUUCCUCAGAGCUCAGCAAGCAGCCAGAGCAGCAGGGAGAGGAGGCUCUCUCUGGAGGACCAGGGAGUCCCAGAGAGCAUUGGGGUCUUCCUGCUGGGGGCCACCUCCUCCGUCACAGUGGACCCUGACUGCUCCGCCAAGGUGAUCCGGGCCAAUCUGCAGGGACGUCGGCGCCACAGCUCGGAGACCUUCUCCUCCACCGCCACUGUGACGCCGGUCUUCCCUUCCUUCGCCCGUGGUGACACGAUGAAGAGGCCCAGCUCGGUGGAGAACAUCUCGUCCCGGAGCAGCGAGGGCUCAGAUGAAGAGUACGGCAGCCCAGUGAACCGGCAGGGUUCCUCUGGCUACCCGAGCGGACUGAAUUACAUUGCCUUGAACCUGCUGGACAACAGGGAUGUGGAGAAAUGUGAAGAACUGGUCGGCUUCAAACCCACCAGCAGCUGCAAGGGGGGAAUCAAUGGAUUACACAGCACUCCCUAUGUCUGUUUGGGUUUCAAGGAGGCUGCAACCACUGCCAAAGACUGAGCGACUCCUCCAUCUUCACGUCCUCACCAAACUGCUGCUCUGCAAAAAGAAAGAAAAAGGAUCAAUGAUGGCCUUUCAUUGGAUUCUGUGGCCGUCAAAGACCCUCUGGACCCUCAGCAACACACACACACACACACACACACACACACACACACACACACACACACACACACACACACACACACACACACACACACACACACACACACACACACAUAUAGGAUACAAGCAUGUCACCAACUAUGCAUGUCAUGAGUGUGUGUGUGUGUGUGUGUGUGUGUGUGUGUGUGUGUGUGGGUGAGGGGAGCGUCUCAUGUUCCCUGCGCCUUCAGAGGCCAUAUCUUCUGUGACCCAAAUUUCCAUCACGUAAGAUAAUAAUGAAACUCUAAUGGUAUCCUCAUACUAUUUAUUCACUGGUGGGUGGUUCUAUCACGACCUGUACGUGAGCAAGAUACAAAUCAUGACCAGCUACUAUAGAAAUGACCAUGGAGCAAGGUACACCGAGUAUAAAACUAUAUUUAGAUGAAAUUAUUUAUUUAUUUUUGGAAGAUGAAUGUCUCAUAAGACCUACCCGAUGCCUUAAUGUCUAUACUGUCCUUACGUUUUCUAUGGAAUGACAUAAAUAUUCUAUUUCGGUAUGUCUGUUUGGAUCUACAUCUCUAUAUUGUUAUUCUCUAGUGGAAAGUAACUAGUUUACCCUUAAAAUAUAUUAUUUCAGAUAUGUACAGUGCAGUCGGGCUGCUUGAUGAUUUAUGGUAUUGAUAUUAAAGUAUUUUCUUAAUUUCUAAUUUAUUCUAACCUAGUUUAUUUUUUUUUGUCCAAUCAAAACGCUGGACUUAAAGAAAUAUAUUUGUAAAUGUCUCUGAGAGGUAUGCAUGUGUUUGUAAGUCGGCUCGGCCCCCACGACACCAGGCACCUGAAAGCACUGGACCUCCCACAGCUCCAUGAAAACCUCACACACUCCUACCUUCAAACCUUCUGUGAUAUCAUACGAUGGUACAACUGUCUAAUGGAGGGGGGGGCGGAGCCAGCGGAGAAUAUCAAGGUUGGGGGGGUGAGAGGCCAACGACCACAUCUGGCACCAUCAUGGAGGUUCACUGGAGAAUCAGCUGUGGGGAAGAUGCAGCCGAUUGCAUUAAAUAUAAGAGAUGAUUAAAGAGAAAUUAUAUAACGUAACAUGUGACGACAUUAUAGUAUAAUGCUAUAAUGUAAAACUAAAGUAUUUGAGCUUUUACGUACGGAAAGAGAUGCGCCCAUUUCAAACUAUUUAACUGCACUACCCAAGUAUUAUACAUCCACUAGAGGGCAGUGCAUAGUCGAGAGUUUUACGACGAUAACAAAUAUGGCGAGGGUGGAGGACGGUCGUGUUGUUAGUGGGUUAACUCACGAACUCUCUCCUUAAAACAUUUGUUGAAAAUUGUUCCUCAUAUCACGACAAAACCACAGAGUCAGGACAGAUGGCUCCGCCCCGUUUCCGUAUCUACGCUGAGCAGAAAUGAGUGUUACGGCAAAACAGCACCUCCUGUGGCAGCAAGUAGUAAUUUCAGGGUAAUGAGGAAUACGAACAUGUAGCGUAUUACUAGCAUAAGUCAAGAAUAACCUUUUCCUGUAAUGUUAGCUCACACAACGCGAUCUAAAGUUGGAUAAAUUUGUGAUUUCAGUCAAAAAUUACAAGAGAACGUUUAAAUCUGCUGCCUCCGUAGAGCUUUCAAAAUGGAUGCCAGAGGAUUCGUACAUGAAAACCCCUCUUUUCUAUUUUACACUGUGCUGACUCCGCCUGGCUCACAGCCCCCUUCAGUGUACAUUAGAUUGUAAAUCAUUGAACCACGUCUGAAUGUAUCACUGAGCUGGUGGGAAAAACUCCACAGAAACACAACGUGGGGGAAACAGUCGAGUUAUAUUGGAGCUGAGCCACAGAGUCGUGGCUUCUAUUUAUCCUCAGAGUCUUGAACGUGUAUAUAUUGUGUAUAUAGACAGAGUUUAACUAAAAUAAAUAUUGAAACUUAGAUUUUACCUAUGCUGCAAUGAUAUUCCUGUGUAAAGACUUUGGCUACCGAUUUUUAAAAAGGGGGGGGAAGGGGUUUGUGCUUUGGGGUUGUACAGUGUUUGCUCCCUCACAGUCUAUAUGAAAAAUAACUGUCUAUUUUAUUAUAGCGAUCUCUUUGCCUUGUUGACACACUUUACCUAAUGGCAUAUGCAAUAGUGAUACAAUCUAGUUUACAACCGUGGAACCAAAUGUAACAUUGCAUCAACAGUUUUCUUUUUAUUCUCUCGCUCAUGUUGUACAUUUCUCCUCCUGCCAAGUGUUUUCAUCGCCGGGAACGUUUGACAUGUCUCGAAGCGCUUCGCCCGUUUCUGUGUCCGUGGACAGAUUCUUCUUCUGCAGCCCGGACCGACUCGGUUUGAAUGUGUCAUCGUCUUCCAUUGUACAUAGAUCAAUAUACUGUUUAUCGUGAUGCUCACAAGAGAUGAUUUAUAAAUUCUGGUAGUAAAGUACUGCUUUUGUCUGUAUUGAUUAUGGAUAGCAACCUGCAGAAAUAAAUGAAUUUAUUUAAAGAGGUACAA